GCCUCAUUUUACCUGAAUUGAAGACAAAGAGAGCAUACACAUUUGCAUCGAAAUGACAAGUGCAGCAGAGGUCAAAGAUCCCGAGGCUUUUCUCAAAGACCCUCGCUUCUCCCAAACCUUCCAGCUUCCAGCGGAUCCAUCAGAUGAUCAUGGCAGUCUCCAGGUAAAAUACUCCGACUACGGCUAUCACAACGCCGCUGAUGAGAAUGUACUACUUUUCUUUGCGCCGUUAUGUGCAUCGAGAAUUUUCCACUGUGCGAAAGAUGAGUUAGCCAAGAAGUACCGUGUUCGCAUGGUUGUGAUGGAUCGGCCGGGUUUUGGUGGGACGGAUCCUGUCAAGUUGGAGAAGAGACCUGCCAUGUGUCGAAAAAUGACUCUGGCUCUUCUUAAACACCUUGGAAUCAAGCACGUUUCUCUUGCUUGUCACAGCGGAGGAACCGUCUACGCUCUAGACAUGCUCGUUCAUCAUCCCGAGAUUCUCAGCCCAGAAAGGCCCUAUCUCGCCAUCGGAGGUCCCUGGAUCCUUCCAUCUCACUCACACCUUCUGUCAAUGUCUGUAACCCAAUCAUUGCCCGCUAGCAUGCUAGCCCAAGCAGACAAGUUCAUCGGUUUCGUCAACGGCACCCUUGGUCCAGUUGUCGCGACAUCUGCUGGUAUGAGCCAAAUGUUUGGAUUAUCCAAAAAGAAGAAUGUAGAAGGUGGCGCUGAGGAGACCAAAGCCGAUGCCCUUUUUGAAGAAUCCUUGGAACCAUUCUUGUUCAAACUUGUGCACGCAGAGAGUAUUCGCGGAUUCGGCGAUGAGUCGGUUUUCUUAAUGCAGAAGACAGAGGGAGUACCAGGAUGGGGCGACUGGCUUGACUAUGAUGACUUGGUGCCGAAGUUGGUACAGGCGCUGAAGGGAGCUGGCAAGAGGUUGACCGUGAAUGUCUACUACGCUGAGGAGGAUUCUAUGAUUGGAGCACCGGGAACUGAUGGACCGAAAUGGUUGGACAGCUGUUUCAAAGGAGAAGAGGUUGAACAGAUCAUUACCUACAACACCAAGACCAUCGAGGCAGCGGACCAUGACACGAUUUGGAGUAUACGUCGGGGUGUUCCCGUCGAUGUCUUCAAGAAAUUGGCUGGAUGAUCUCCAAAUUAUCUUUCUCUAUGAGUAUCUUG